GAACAGGAAAACUUCACAUAAUAUGACCCUUCUAAUGACGAUAUGCACAUUCAGUUGCAAUUGAACGAAAACAAGAAUUUUGGGUAUUGGAUCUCUUAGUUCAGAGGCCUUGUCAAUACCAUGUGCCCAUUUUCCAUAUCAAAAUACCUACAGUAUUGUAGGUAAUGAAGGGUUUGAAUGUAUAUAAGAUACAAAAAUAUAUAUAUAAGUUUAAAGUGGGGCUUUCGUUUAAGGUUCAACUCAGGUUUUCUGUUAGCGCGCACCUGCGCGCACCUGCAUUUUCAGCGACCAAUGAAAAUCGAGUGUUGUGUAAAAUGUUCAAAGUAGGUCAAUCCGGUUUCCAAACAUCCCUCGCUGAUAUAAAAGCAAAUUUUUCGCCUGGUCGUUUAUAUUCACUGAAUAACCAUGGUUGCUAAAGGUGUUGCAAGCAAAGGCUCAAAGAAGGCCGCCACUAAGGCAAAGGCCGCAAGGUCUACAGACAAAAAGAGGAGGAGGAAGAGGCGAGAAUCCUACUCAAUCUACAUCUACAAGGUGUUGAGACAAGUGCACCCUGACACUGGUGUCUCUAGCAAAGCUAUGUCAAUCAUGAACAGUUUUGUAAACGACAUCUUCGAGAGAAUCGCUGCUGAGGCUUCAAGACUUGCCCACUACAACAAGCGAUCCACCAUCACAAGCAGAGAGAUCCAGACAGCCGUCCGUCUCCUUCUGCCCGGUGAACUCGCAAAGCACGCCGUCAGUGAGGGCACCAAGGCCGUCACCAAGUACACAAGCAGCAAGUAAAUUGUUACUUGUAAAAAAAACAAACGGCCCUUUUUAGGGCCACUCAAUUA